UUCCUCCCAAUAUAAAAGCUCCUCACCUCUGCUAAAUUUCGUAGGCUAAUCGGCAAGUGCAGUGGAGGUGUGUAGGGCUUCAAAUUCCUUCCCGAUUCUUCUCUCUUCGGACGUUGAUGGCCUUCCUACGGCUGCCUCUGAUUCUCCGCCUCCGGCAAACCCUUGGCAGCAGCUCUUUGAUCUCGCUUAAUAGUCAUAACCUUGGAUCAGUUUCUUGCUUUUCAACUGGGAGUGGUUCAAUCGAGUUCAACAUCUCAGAUGAGGAGAGUAGACGCCGUUUAUACAACAGAUUGUUGUACAGGAGCAGACAGAGAGGUUUUCUUGAACUUGAUUUGAUUUUGGGGAAAUGGGUGGAGGAGAACUUAAGUUCUUUGGAUGAAGCAAAAAUUAGAUCUCUUGUUGACGUGCUAGACCUGGAGAACCCAGAUCUGUGGAAGUGGCUCUCAGGCCAAGAACAGCCACCAGAUGCUAUAAACAGCAAUACAGUUUUUAGUUCUAUCCAAUCUGAAGUGCUGGAAAAUCUGAAGACCUAUGCAGCUCCUGCUACUCGUGCAGAACCAGGCCAGCCUUGGGUCCGAGGAUGGGAUGAUAAGAGGGGGCUGGAGGGUGGACCAAAGCAUGGGAACCAGUGAUCCACCAUAUUUUCUCUAUAAUUAAUUAAUUAAUUAAUUAUCCGAAUAAGAAUACAGCUUCAUCUCCCACAAACAAUUUAAAAUAAAUAAAUAAAUAAA